AAAAUUUCCUUCCGCUCCAAGGCGGUCUCUCACUUUCCUUCUCUAUAUAUAUACCGUCUCCUUCCUCCUCGCUCUUUCCAUAAUCCCCCUACAGUUUCUCUCUCUCUCUCACCCCUGAGAAAUCGAAAUCACACCUCUGAUUGAUUCCAGCAAUUGUUCUUCGUUUUCCCCUUCCGUAAUUUUUCGUCAGAAAGUGAACUUUAUUACAUCAACAGUUACGACGGAGAGUACAGGAUCUGGUUCUGUGUUUGUGGAGUCAGAGAAGAAUAUGAGCUCACAAGUCAGAAGAGACAGACCUCAGCAGCAAACAUGGGUUCCUAGAGGUGCAGCUACCUCCGUUGUUAAUGAGCCUUCUUUACCACCUGCUAAUAAUACAGACCAAAGUCCACAAAGCCUUGACGCUAGUGUUACUGCUUCACGUCCUCUUCGGCAGCGUCGUCCCUCUUAUAACCAGCACCAGAGAAGUAAUGUUGUUGGUCCACCUCCUCCACCUAAUCGACAGAGAAGAAAUAAUGCUCCUGGGAUUUUACCUGAUAAUCGCCAAAGAAGAAAUAAUGCUCCGGGAAUCUUGCCUGAUAAUCGCCAAAGAGUUGCUGCGUCGAGGACUCGGGGGCCUGUGAGUCAGGGGAAGAAGGUGGUUAAGGGGGAGAACGUUGUGUUGACGGACACGAACUUGCCUCAGCUUGUUCAGGAGAUACAAGAUAAGCUGGUGAAGAGUUCUGUUGAGUGUAUGAUUUGUUAUGACAUGGUUGGGCGGUCUGCGAAUAUUUGGUCUUGCUCAAGCUGUUACUCCAUCUUCCAUAUGCAUUGCAUCAAGAAGUGGGCUCGAGCACCGACUUCUGUUGAUUUGUUGGCUGAGAAGAAUCAAGGUGAUAAUUGGAGGUGUCCUGGUUGCCAGUCUGUGCAGUUGACGUCAGCGAGAGAGAUAUGUUAUCGGUGCUUUUGUGGGAAGAGAAAAGAUCCACCGUCUGAUCCGUAUCUGACUCCACAUUCAUGUGGGGAGCCGUGUGGGAAGCCGCUGGAGAAAGAGUUUGCUGCAGUAGAUGAGAUGGAAAAAGAUGAUCUUUGUCCUCAUGUUUGUGUCUUGCAGUGUCAUCCUGGUCCAUGUCCUCCCUGUAAAGCGUUUGCUCCAUCUCGUAGCUGUCCCUGUGGCAAGAAGAAGAUUAAUACUAGAUGCUCUGAGCGGAGAUCAGUUAUUGUUUGUGGGCAGGGUUGUGAGAAGCUUCUCGACUGUGGGCGUCAUAUAUGUGAUAGGAAGUGUCACGUUGGCUCUUGUGAUCCUUGUCAGGUGCAAGUAAAUGCCACAUGUUUCUGCAAGAAAAAAGUGGAGACUGUCAUUUGUGGAGAGAUGAACGUGAAGGGAGAGUUGAAAGCAGACGAUGGUGUGUAUUCUUGCAAUUUUAACUGUGGGAAGCCUCUUGGUUGUGGUAAUCAUUUCUGUUCCGAGGUUUGUCAUCCUGGACCUUGCGGGGACUGUGACUUACUGCCCAGUAGAGUUAAGACGUGCUAUUGUGGAAAAACGCGUCUAGAAGAGCAGAUCAGGCGUAGUUGCUUGGACCCAAUUCCUUCAUGUUCAAACACAUGCAGGAAGCUUCUUCCGUGCGGGCUACAUACUUGCAACGAAGUUUGCCAUUGGGGUGAUUGCCCUCCUUGUUUAGUCAAAGUCAACCAGAAAUGCCGGUGUGGGUCAACAUCCAGGACUGUGGAAUGUUACUUCACGACCUCUUCAGAGAUGGAGAAGUUUGUGUGCGCUAAGCCAUGCGGGCGUAAGAAAAACUGUGGGAGGCACAGAUGUAGCGAGCGUUGCUGCCCUCUUUUGAACGCUAAGAAGAAUGAUCUAUCUGGCCCUUGGGACCCACACGCCUGUCAGUUACCUUGUGGGAAGAACCUAAGGUGCGGGCAGCAUUCUUGUGAAUCGUCAUGUCACAGUGGCCAUUGUCCUCCUUGCCUCGAAAUGAUAUUCACUGAUCUUACAUGUGCUUGUGGAAGAACUUCGAUUCCUCCACCACUACCAUGUGGGACACCUGUUCCUAGCUGCCAGCUUCCAUGCUCGAUUCCUCAGCCUUGUGGCCACUCUGCUACGCAUGGAUGCCAUUUUGGAGAUUGCCCUCCUUGUUCUGCCCCCGUGGAAAAGAAAUGUGUUGGUGAUCACGUGGUUCUCAGAAACAUACCUUGUGGGUUGAAAGACAUUAGAUGUAACAAGAUCUGUGGAAAGACGAGACGUUGUGGCUUGCAUGCUUGUGCCAGAACUUGUCAUCCAGAACCGUGUGACAGUUACAAUGAAUCUGAAGCAGUUACGCGUGUUACAUGUGGACAGACGUGUGGUGCUGCUAGAAGAGAUUGCAGGCACGUGUGUGCAGCCCUCUGCCAUCCUUCUUUGCCCUGCCCUGACUCGAGAUGUGAAUUUCCGGUUACAAUUACAUGUUCGUGUGGCCGCAUAACUGCUACAGUCCCUUGUGAUACUGGAGGAGAAAGCGCCAGCAGUCUUCAGGUUCAUUCUGUCAAUGAAGCCUCUGUUUUGCAUAAGCUUCCAACGCCUCUUCAGCCUGUUGAUUUGAGCGGAAACCGAAUCCCUCUCGGGCAGAGAAAGCUUUCGUGUGAUGAUGAGUGUGCUAAGCAGGAGCGUAAGAGGGUUCUACAGGAUGCGUUUGACAUCACAACACCAAAUCUUGACUCUUUACAUUUCAGCGAGAACUCUUCUAUGACAGAGAUAAUUUCAGACAUCUAUAGGCGUGAUCCGAAGUGGGUAUUGGCGGUUGAAGAGCGGUUCAAGUUCCUAGUACUUGGGAAAGCCAGAGGAAGCACAAGUGCCCUCAAGGUACAUGUUUUCUGCCCGAUGCAAAAGGAUAAACUAGACACGGUUAGGCUUCUAGCUGAGAGGUGGAAACUUGGGGUUAGGAACGGAGGGUGGGAGCCAAAAAAGUUUGUAGUGGUUCACGUUACACAAAAGUCGAAACCUCCAACACGGAUUAUUGGAGCUAGGGGUGGUGCUGUCUCGGUUGGUCACCCACCGUCCUUUGAUCCGCUGGUGGAUAUGGAUCCUAGGCUUGUGGUUUCUUUAUUGGAUCUUCCGAGGGAGGCGAAUGUCAAUGCGGUGGUGCUGAGAUUUGGGGGUGAAUGUGAGCUUGUUUGGCUGAAUGACAAGAACGCUUUAGCUGUGUUCCACGACCAUGCACGAGCCGCCACUGCCAUGAGGAGGCUGGAUCACGGCUCUGUAUACAAUGGAGCCGUGGUUGUUCAGAACGCCGCGCAAUCUCAGUCACUCAGUAAUGCAUGGGGUAAACUACCCAGCAGCUCAUCUUGGGAUGUCCAGGAAGCAAAUCCAUGGAAGAAAGCAGUGAUUCAGGAGAGUGAUGAAUCCUGGGGAGCUGAUGAUUCCCCCAUUGGAGGAUCAUCUACAGAUACUCAAGCCUCUGCGUGGCGUUCAGCAACAAGCAACACUCCAGUCGUGACCUCAGCUAACCGUUGGAGUGUUCUGGAGCAGGAGAAGCCCAAAACGUCCGCUUUGGAGCCGUUGGUUCAGACAGAAGGGAGCAGCAGUUCAGAAGCUGCCGGUAAACAACUGGCGGAAGGCUCAGGGCAAGAGGUGGUGGAUGAUUGGGAGAAGGUAUGCGACUGA